UUGAAAUUGAUUAUAUUCGAUAGAAAAUUGAUUGUAUACGAACAUUUAGGAAUGAAAAUGAUCGGAGAUAGAUUGCAUAUGUUAAAUAGGCAUCCAAAUAUUAGUUCGAUAUUUUAUCAACUACAAUAGACUUGUUUGACUAAUAUUUUAUGUUCAUAUAGUGACACGGUUAAAAAAUAACAAUGUCGGUUUUAAAAUCGGAUAUAUAAAAGGGAAUAAUGAAAACAGAUUCAACCGAUAACUCACCUGGGAGCGCUAACAGUGUUCUGAAACAAAAUUAGCAUCACUGUUUGGAUAAAAAACACACAUAGAUGUAUAUAAAGAUCUGUGAAAGUAAUUACAAUGCGGUGGGCAUCCAGGAGUAUGGAUAUUGUUCUAAAAUUAUUAUAAAACUGUGAUUUAGCCUAAACGGAAUUGGAACCGAACAAAUACUAUGAACGAGGUUUUUGGAAUUUAUCAUAUUUACCCGUGUUAGAAUUGAUUCUGUGAACAUAUUUUGUGUCCGGAACAUACCAAAUUGAAAGAAAGAUCGCUAUAAUCGAGUGAAUUAUGAGAUUGUUAUAAUAUGAAAAUUUGAAAUUUUAAGAUCAAAAAAUUGAUUUUGUUGCCAAUAAUUCAAAUGGAUUAGUGUCUAAAAAUUGAUAAGAUUUUAACCAGCUAUAGGUAUUUAAAUUUCGAAUUGAACGGCUUGGUGUCGGAAACCCUCAUCGACAACGUUGAUUACAAAAACUGUAUUUCAACGGAAAUAGCCAAAGAGUGUUUCAGUGUAUUGAACAAAUAUAACAGAAAAGCGUCAUAGAUCUUCUGUCGUGUGCGUGAUUCUAGGAAAUUUGCUGUGCAAUCAUUGACUUUUAGCAUUGAUUGUUGUUUUAUUAGGUAAUGAAAAAGGCGAAGAUAGGGUGAGAAAUUUAUUCACAGCAAGAUAACAAAUCGGAAUCGAAGAAAAGCAUUUGUAACUUGCCUACGAGACAAAUACCCGGAGAAUAACAGUUGAAUGAACGUUUUGGUUGACAAGGAGAAUAAUAUGCAUAAAACACUUAUAUAAGGAAUUGGAAGAUAGAGAGGGUAUUAAAAGCGUUUUUAAUGAAAAUUAAUUACUAGGAAAAAAAAGUAAAGAGAUGGGGCUGGGUACUGAAACCAUAACGAAGAAGCGCAAAGUGGUUUACGAUGAGUAUACGGGAGGAUUUUACGCCGAGUCGAAGGUGGAAUCAAUACAACGUCAGUGUGACUACCGUUUACGUCUUACUGACGUCAUGAACAAAGCGGAACACGCUAAGUACCGUUUCGCGUGCAAGCAAGUGGAUGCUGAAAAGCAGUUGUUCCUUAUGAGAAAGGAGAAGGCUACACAUCGUCACAAUGAAGCUCUUGUGGACUACAAAGCGCAUUUAAAUGUUCUUGAUAAACUUGCAAAGGAACGGGAAGAGAUAACAGCACAAAUGAAUGAUAUAUAUGGAAAAUACCCACCAGAAAGUUUAAGAACAAAUUUAGAGGAGCAGAUAUUAAUACAAAGGAAAGAAAUGUCGCCGAUUGUUCAAAGACGUCGAGAAGCUAAUAGACUUUUGAACGACCGUAAACCGUUGGAAGAACUUGAUAGAACGAAGUCAACGGGUGACAUCAUGAAUGAAAUAAAGAACAGGAAAAGUAGAGCGAACAGUCCAGUGAAACGCUUUGCAAAACAUUCUCCAACAAACGAUGGGCCGAAACAAGUUCCAAAACUGAUGCUACCCGCAAUUACAGUGGACAUAGGCAAAUUGAAAAGUAAACGUCAAGCGGACGGGCUACAUAGGACUAAGUCAACCAAUGAUGUCUCAACACUGCCGUCUGUAUUUGUUACUGAUCCGAGUAGUUUUAAAUAGCCAAAUAACUUUACCUUAUUCGUAAAAUGCAUUGAAUUUAAGACUAUGAGUUGUUGGUACAAAUGCUUUAUAAAAUAAUGAGUAAAAUGCCGUAUUUCAUUUAUAAACGCAAUUCUAAUUUACUUAGUUAAUAUGGAAUUGUAAUUUAUUUCUUUUUUUUAAAUAUUUCUUUAAGCUUUUGAUUGUUGCCUAUCUGUAUUGUUGUUAUUUGGUUUUGCGUUUAUAGUUUAUAAAUAUUGCAAUACAUUAUAAAAUUUCAAUUUGUUACAUGAAUAGAUAAGCAUUCAAAUUGUCUCAUUUAUAUAUUAUAUGUCUUACUGGCUGCAAUUAUGGUAUGGUAACGCAUUUUAAUUUAGACCGAGAUGGUGAUUUAUUCGUUAUUAUUUUUAACUACAUAAACCACCACAAGCAGAAUUAGAUCUUUUUUGUUAAAUUUAUUUUACUUUUAAAAUACCUUAUAAAAUACGUUUACUACAUGGGCGCCGCCAUUCAACACUAUGACGUCACAUUUCUCAGAUUACGUCAAAAGUAUUUUAUACUACCUAUUUCAGUGUGUGCAUACCACGUGAUACAUUGCGUCAUAAAUGCUACGUUGGAAUGCAAUAUUUUGAUUUGAAAAAAUACUUGAAACAAAGAUAACUUCACUAUUUCUUCACCAUUUUAAAUGAAACAAAGCGCAGUCUACGCCGCUAACUGAGCCCUGCCUUCGGUCUUUAGCAGAGUUUGAUUGUGAGUUUAGUUUCUUUAGGCCACACCAAAUUGAUAUUUCAUUCCGCGGAUUUACCGCUCCUAUUUUUUUGAAAAUGUAAAAAAAAAAUAUUUUUUUUUUGUGCACCCGCACCUCCAUUUUGAUCGCCAAGCAGAUUUUUUUCAGGUAAUAAUUUAUCAAAAGGCUAAAAAUAAUCAAGUAUAAUUUUUCUACGCUAGUUUUCGUGUUUUUGUAAAGGGAAGUUACCGAUGGGUAGUGUUUUUAGGUUAUACACCACCAUUGUUAUUCCCUAUGUAAUUCAAUGUAAAAUUAUAAUUUUUAGACAACAUUUAAAGGCAUUUCGUGCGAAUGCAGGCUAUGAUAACCACAUAUAUUCUUAAAGUACAAGCUUUAAAUUACCUUUUAAGCCAAUAAAAAAGAGGGAUCAAGUUAUUCCUAAGAAAAAUCACUCCACUUGAAAAACAAACUCUAAAAACUGCACCGUACGCCAUGACAGAUCUUCCAAAAUGACCUUUCAACUAUAGGGCAGCGGUUUAUGCUUUAAUCUCUACUCAAAAUGAUAAAUCAAGCAAGAAUAGACACUUAAGGUAUAAAAGUUUCAGGAAUAAUGAUAGUUUUGAUUGACAGUGUAUUGAGCAUGUGAAAACAUGUCUAUCAUUCAUAAGAACAUUUUUUUUUAUUGAGAAUUUUCCACACAACGGAAGUACAUAUGACGUAAUGGUGACUUCAUUCCUUUAUACUGUAUAUCGAUCGGUUUAGCAUGGGUUUCAAUAAAUUCAAUCAAAAUGGCCGCUUCCGGUAUAAACAAUGUGGCUCGAAGUUUGGAAAUUAAAUCUUAUUUUUGACAAUAAAUAUGUUUUAAGCAUGCUUGAAGCCAUUGUUGAUCGUCUCAUUCACUAAAGGAUCAUUAUUUAAAGCAAUCAUUAUUCAAUAAAGCAUGUGUAUCUGAGACUGGUAAUGAUUAUAUUGCGUAAUUAGUGACUCGUUUUGAAUGGAAAUCGGAAUGAUCAACUUAGUACUAUUUUAUUCAAGUCAUAAUACAUGGGACCAAAAUUUUACCUCGUUACGACGAUGCUGAAGAUGUCACAGGUCAACUUUACUGGAACAUGAGUCAUUAAUUGGUCCAAAUUGAUGUAUCAAUCUUAUUUUUGAUCAAAUUCUGACAAAACAACAGUUAUGAACAAAUAUCGUUUCACUAAUAGCGAUAUAAACACUGGUCUGGAUAUACCUCAACAUAAGUAAGCCUAAGUUUAUCACCUUAUAUUUUGUUUGUAUUUGCAACAUAAUCCGGGAUUGUAAUGCACCAAUUGUAACCACUGCCCCGCCAACCCCUCGCCCUUGUUCCAGGGGUAUACGGGGGACAGCAGAGGCAAUGGGCUGUGUUUUUACCUUUCAGGUGGCCCCGCAGUGCCUAGUGAAUGUGGUUUUGUCUUCAUAUUGAAAAUAG